GAACGACCUGCAACCCUCUCAUCCGUAUAGGACCUAUCAGCACUCCCAUUUGUACCUGCCUGGCUCUCCAGUCCUGCCCUCUGCUUUCUCUCCAAUGGCGAAGAUUUCACAGCUUCUCUUCCUUCUGUAUUCCUUUCUUUGAGCUAAAACUUUAAGCUUCUGACUUCUGGAUUGCGCAAGUUCGCAUUCGGAAUGAGAAGUGGUCGCCAUGCAAAUCUUGAGCGGGUAUCUCGAUGAAGCAUAUCGGACAUGGCUGGACUCGUCCGCGAAUUGCUGUUCGCCCCGGAAAGCCCAAUUUGAAGCGCCCAGGCUUGGUGCUGAGAAGCCCAUGAGAAUUGAGCAUCAUCAACCUCGUCUGGUGCCGCCCCUGGUACCGCCCCAAGACUCCAGCAAUGAAUGGAGUACUCGGACGAGAAGUUUCGGGUCCCGCGCCUCAACUCGAGCGAGCUUUGCCGUGAGGAGGAAGCUGAAUGCGUACAAUGGCUUUCAUUCAAACAAUAAUACACCGCGCAGGCCGCAAAUUGGUGCACCUUCAGACUUUAGACAUAUCGAUCAUGCCAUGCCACGGCGGAAGGAGGUAUUCAGACCUCUAGAAUUGUCCAUCUACAUGCCGGAGAAUCAGCUGUCUCCUAUUCUUCCACAUUUCGGACAAAUCGACGAGAUGUCCUUCCCAUCAGACGAGAAGGAGCUCCCCUAUCCACCGGCAGCACUUCCUCACUCUAGAAGCGAGUCGCAAAUAUCGUUCCGGAUACCACGGAAGCCUCUUCGUUCAAGCUCUAGAGCUUCUUCAGAAUGGACUGCUCAGUUCAAACCAAGGCCAGAGUCACUCAGUGCCAAUGAGCUGUUAGCGGUCAUGGAACAUGACCUUCCAAGAGUUCCACCACCAGCACGUCUGAGGUCCUACACCGAGCCGCCAGCUUACGAGCGAGUCAAGUCGGCUUUGCACGAGAAGUACGAGUUAGAGCAACGAUUGAAGGAUCUGGAAGAGAUUAUCGAGGAGCGGAAAUCUGUGUACUUCAACUCUCGACCCACGAGUCGGGCACUCAGUCGACCAACAAGCGUCUACUCAGAAGCUCAAGAACCAAUGCCACCACCACCCCAAGCCCUUCCCGCAGUCCCCACACCACCGAUCGCGCCCUCGUUUGCCACGCGUGUCACCCUCCCAGACGCCGACCGACGCCCCAAAACCGCCCCAAGCCCCUUAAAAACAGUCCACAUUCCUGCCCGCCUAACCCCCUUCACCGAAGCCUCCGCCGCAUUCACCACACCCUCCCCGUCCUCCUCCUUGGCCUCCUCCCGGCCACCUUCCCGCCCAGAGCACGUUACUCCCCUCCCACCGCCCCCUCCUCUCCCCCUCGUCCUCCAAUCCCCUCACCCACCUUUACGAAAAAAGAAAUCCUUCUCAGGAAAAGUCUCACACUGGCUCUUCCCCUCCGAACACAGCCGGAACAUCUCCUUGGACUCGAUAACCAACAGCCCGAAACCGGUUACUUCAAGGGAAGGGUUCUAUCAGUGCAUUGACCUCCAACCUCAGCGCCAAAGCCAGAAGGGGAGGGAUUCCAUGGAUAGUGAUAAUGCGAGCACAGUUAGUACCCUGGAAACGAGAAGUGAGAGCGAGCUCGAGGCGCCGCGGACGAUGGAGACCGGGUGGACGCCGGAUUCAAGUCCUGGGCGGGAGAGGAGUGAGAAGGAGCUCGGAGUGGAGAUUAGGGCGCUGAGUAUGGAUAGUAAGAGGGAGGAGAGCGUGGAGUUGUCGAGGGUGAGGACGUUUGGGGAGAAGGAGGUUGAGGUUGGGAGCACGGAAGGUUGGGCGAUGAAUGGGCAUGGGAGGAAUAGUGUUGGUGUUGCGUUUUGAUCUUGGGGGUAGAUACCAGUUGCCUUUUGGUUCGUUUGCGCAUGUAUGAAGGAAUGUUGCGUUUGCGAAUUCAAAUGCUUUCAUGGCUGUAAGCCAUGCUAAUACCAAUAUCAAUACAAUCGUUGAGAAAGAAUUGAAUUUGCUUAGAUAAGGAGUCUCAAGGUGGACAACACAACGGCAGUUAUUUCCAAUAUUCCACGUCAAGUUAGACAUUCCAAAUGCCUCUCG